AUGAUGUAUAAUAUUGAGAAGGAUGGACAGCAGGAUCAGAAAAUGUGUUCCACGUUGGAAAACAAGGAGAGGGAAAAGGAGUUAUGUAAAUUAUUAUUAAGAAUAUUCUUCUGGAUGGAUGGAUUAAGGCAACAAGUGCCGAAUGUCAAGGGAGGCAGCACUGGGCAGAUGAUUUGGAUACGAAGGAACGAAGAGACGAAGGUAAAAAAGGAAGAAGAGGAUCUGGAACAUUAUUAUAGAUGUUUAAUUGGAAAAGUAACCUUAGUAAAAAUGUUAGGCAAGCAUUGUAAGUUAAAAGAUGUAUCAGACGUUGUUAUGAAGGAUGUGGGAAAUAUGAGAACAAGGAUGAAUAUUCCGGGUGGGAAUAAAUUCUGUAAGGACGUGGAUUUCGGGAGUUUAAGAAUAGGGGGUACGUUCAUGUGGGGGAAAAUUAAAGAAUGGAUAGAUGCUUUUACUAUUGCAGGCAGUUAUGGUGUUGAGUUACCGGAAGUAGAAAAAGGACAGAGCAAACUACACGACAUACAGAAGAAGGGACAAAAGAAGGAAAUUUGCCCAGAGGGAGAAGUAGAAUUGGACCCAUCUAUCUUAGAAAAAUUAGAAAUAAAAUUCAUCGACGAUAGUGAAGACCUGUCUCUAGACGAAGCCAUUGACCCUCCCGGAAAGGAAACUUCAGGAGGGAAGAAGGAGUUAGAGGAAGUAUUGAAGGAAGCGAUGGAAGCGAAUGACAGGGAAGAAGCUUUCCUAGCGAAGACUUUACAGGAGUUAUUGUUGAAAAAACAUCUAGAGAAUAAGGCAAAAGUUGAAAAGAAGAAAGCAGAAGAACAAACAGCAACACUCACAGCAACUUCCCCAGGUAAAUAA